AACCCAUUGGGUUGUGCUAUAAAAAUGUACUCUGUGGUUAUUCUGGUGAUGAACAACACUGAUACAAUACACCUACACAAUACAACAAACAACCUAACCUUAAAAAAAUAAUAUUAAUAGGUGUAUAACCUUUUAAUGAUAAACAAAAUUAUUGGUAAAAAAAAAUAGUAUUACAUAAGCAAAGCUUGUAAUUGUAACUAAUUUGCGUGUGUAAAUAAUAAUCAUUCAUUUAUUCGAUAAAAAUGGCGGUAUUCUGUGCAAAAUCUCUAAAUAAAAUUCAAUAAAAACAUGCUUGAUUAUACAAAUAAAGUGAUACUUGCACCUAUGGUAAGAAUAGGAACAUUACCUAUGCGGUUACUAGCUUUAAGGUAUGGUGCUGAUAUAGUUUAUACAGAAGAAUUGAUUGAUUGGAAGUUUUUACGCUCCAAGCGCAUAAGCAAUGAUAUACUUAAUACUGUAGAUUAUGUAGACCAAACAGAUGGUACUAUAGUCUUCAGAACAUGUGCUGAGGAGAAAAACAAAGUGGUCCUGCAACUGGGAACAUGUGAUGCUGUAAGAGCUCUUAAAGUUGGUAAAUUAGUUGAAAAUGAUGUUGCUGCUAUUGAUAUUAAUAUGGGAUGUCCUAAAGAAUUUUCUGUCAAGGGUGGAAUGGGAGUUGCCCUUAUGGCACAGCCUGACAAAGCAUGUAAUAUUCUGAAAACUUUAGUAAAUAAUCUUUCUAUACCUAUAACUUGUAAAAUAAGAAUAUUUGACACAGCAGAAGAUACUUUAAAAUUAGUCAAUGUGCUAGUGAGUUCAGGAAUAAGUGCAAUUGCUAUUCAUGGCAGAACACAAGAGGAGAGACCACAACAUGCGGUACAUCCUGACAUUAUAUUGUAUGUUGCAGAAAGAAUAUCAGUUCCUGUGAUUGCUAAUGGUGGUUCCAAAGAGAUUGAGAAGUUCAGUGAUAUCAACAAAUUCAAAACAGUAACAGGAUGUUCGAGUGUCAUGAUUGCACGAGCUGCAGAAUGGAAUUGUUCUAUAUUUAGAAAAGAAGGAUUACUUCCUAUGGAUGAUGUUAUUAGAGAGUAUCUUAAACUAUCUGUUGACUAUGACAAUUCUCCAUCAAACACAAAGUAUUGUGUUCAAAAUAUUCUAAGAGAUUUGCAAGAAACACCAAGAGGUCGUCAAUUUUUAGACUGUCAAACUUUGGAGCAAAUAUGUUCUAUCUGGGAUCUAAGAGAAUACUGCAAACAGAAACAAUCUCAUUAUCAUAAGAUGGGCAUACAAGGAAGAUGGCAAGUUUCCCCUAGCAACUUAGAACCACCCCAGAAAAAACUCAAAUCAGUGGAUAUGGAUCUUGAUGAUGUCUCACAGAUGAAGGUAUGUUUUAUUCGAGCAAAUUUUAAUGAUUUAAAUCUACCUAAAACACAAUUACACACAUGGGCUGGUAAAAAUGGUCUGAAAUUGCCAGUUUAUGAAACACAGCAAAUUGAGAAAUUAUUUCGAACAAUAAUAACAUUUGAUGGUAAAAGAUAUACAUCAACUUUUUGGGAGAAAAACAAAAAGUUUGCAGAACAAAGUGCAGCAUUGGUAUGUCUGUAUAAAUUAGGAUUAGUCACAGAAGAACAGUUGAUAAUCUUGGGUAGUGUUAUUAAGUAAAAUAAAUGCAUUGGUAAUAAA